AUGCAUCAUUGCAUCUCACUACACUAUUGCAUUCAUCAAUUAUUGCAUUAUCAUUAUCUCUUGAGAAAACACACACACAGAAACAAAAAUGGCUAAUGAAGUUGUUCUCUUGGAUGCCUGGGUGAGCAUGUUCGGCAUGAGGGCUAGAAUUGCACUCGCUGAAAAAUGCGUAAAAUAUGAAUACGUUGAGGAAGAUUUGAGGAAUAAAAGCCCUCGUCUCCUUCAGGCCAACCCGAUUAACAAGAAAAUACCGGUUCUUAUUCACAACGGCAAGCCCAUCUGCGAGUCUCUGAUUAUUGUUCAGUAUAUUGAUGAAGUUUGGACUGACAAGCCUUCAUUGUUGCCUUCUGAUGCUUAUCAGAGAGCUCAAGCUAGGUUCUGGGCUGAUUUUAUCGACAAGAAGAUUUAUGAUGCUGGGAGGAAGAUAUGGACCACCAAAGGGGAAGAACAAGAGGCGGCGAAGAAGGAUUUGAUCGAUAACCUCAAGGUGUUGGAAAGUGAGCUAGGCGACAAGCCUUAUUUUGGGGGAGAAAGUUUCGGGUUUCUGGAUGUUGCGCUUGUGACUUACUCAAGCUGGUUUGAAGCCUAUGAGACUGUGGGGAACUUCAGCAUUGAAGCUGAAUGCCCCAAGUUGAUUGCAUGGGUGAAGAGGUGUUUGGAGAGGGAAAGUGUGGCCAAGGCGCUUCCUGAAUCCAAGAAAGUUGUUGACUUUGUCAUGGGUCUCAAACAGAGAAUGGGAAUUUAAAUCAGUGGUCCUAAGAAGUAUGCAAGUUGAUUUAUGAUUUCGAGUGUUUUGGUUGGUUGCAAGUAUGGUGCGAGUUCCUUUGCUUUUGUUUGUGUUACCUUCUUGUCUAGUUUCCUUGGGAAGGAGAUACUUGAUUGUGUCUUCUUAGUUGUAAUGUUGUAACAGUAAUAAUAAUAAUUAUUAUAAUAAUAUGUUUUCAAGUAA